UAUUGUUCCUUCAUUUUCUCUUGGGCCUCUAUGCUUGUUUCGGCGGUUAUCCUCCAGGCCUCUCUUAGCGUAGUGAAACUUGAUUUUAAAUUCUGCCUCCUCACUAAUCGCAACUGGAAUGUGAACACGCGCAUCCAGUAUCUGAUCGAUACAAAAUAUAGGAUCCCUCCCGAAAACUAAGAAAAAGGGAGAUUCGCCUGUUGAUGUGUGGCAGGAGGUGUUAUAGCAAAAGUUUGCGAAAUCUAGAAAUUCGUCAAAAUCCGGGGUGUCUUUUGUUACAUAUUUCGCCAAAAUGUUAUUAAAAGUUCUAAAACUGCGCUCUGUUAUAGCGUUUCCUUGUGAGAAAUAUGGCGUG